AAACAGCCUGCCGCACUCACAACCGAAGGGAAAGCAGAGAUCAGGGCUUUCUCAGAUCACCUGUCAGAGUCUGUCACCAGGAAAGGCGAGCCCCGCCAGGGGACAGGAGCUACGACCAAGCAGAAGGAACAUGGCUCUGAGAGCAUUUACUGUCUGAGCACCUGGGUUCCAGCAGGCACCAUGCGGGGAAUCAUGAGAGGACAGAAGACAGCAAGAGAUGAAGAAAACGCCUAUGGUGCAGAAGCCGACGAGUCUGCCCUGCAGGAGCCCAGGCUGCGGCUCCUCCUGGCUGGGAGGUCAGGGACUGGGAAGAGCGCCACGGGAAACAGCAUCCUGGGCCAGAAGCGCUUCCUCUCCAGGCUCGGGGCGACGUCGGUGACCCGGACCUGCGCCGCGGGCAGCUGCAGGUGGGCCAAGUGGGUGGUGGAAAUCAUUGACACCCCAGACCUUUUCAGCUCCGAAGUCUCCCAGACAGACCCGGGCUGCGAGGAGAGAGGCCGCUGCUACCUGCUCUCGGCGCCGGGGCCCCACGCCCUGCUCCUGGUGACCCAGCUGGGCCGCUUCACGGCCCAGGACCAGCAGGCCUGGAGGGGGGUGAAGGCGCUCUUCGGGGACGGCAUCGUGACGCGCACCAUCGUGGUCUUCACCCGCGAGGAGGACCUGGCCGGGGGCUCGCUGCAGCAUUACGUGCGCGACACCGGGAACCGCGCGCUCAGGGAGCUGGUGGCCGAGUGCGGGGACCGAUUCUGCGCCUUCGACAACCGAGCCGCCAGCGGGAAGCGAGAGGCGCAGGUGAUGGCGCUGAUGGGGCUGGUGCAGGAGCUGGUGAGGGACCACGGCGGCGCCGCCUACACCAACGACGUGUACAGCCUGGCGCAGGCCCUGGGCGGCGCGGACCCCGCGGAGAGGCUGCGCAGGGUGGCGGAGCGAGUGGCCGUCUGCGCGCAGAGGCGGCGGGAGCGCUGGCCGCUGGCCUGGCUGUGGCGGUGGCCCAAGGCGCCGGGGACCUGGUGUAAGCUGGGCGUGUGCACCCUGCUGGGCGCCCUGGUCUUGCUCUGCGUGCUCUACAGGCACCGGCCAGAGGCCAGGAAGCGGCAGGGGGCGGGGCGCUCGCGGGCUCCGACAGGAAACAUCCCGUUAGGGCGGCAGCACGCUCCGAGCUCCCUGCUCUCCGGUUCCCGCGGCAGCAGGGUCGCCCCAGCCGGAGGGGGUGUCCCCAGCUGCGGGGACAGGGGGCGCACUCCGUUAGCCCCGUUUUCCUUCUUGCCCUGCAGCCGUGCCCUGGAACCUUCGGCCGCGCGCUCGCGCCGACCCGCCGGCACCCAGGCCGCAGCGCCGCGCCUGAAGAGAAUGGAAGGGCUUCAGAGGAGCAGAUACGGGACUAUGGCUGAAGGCGGAGCAGAACACACGCGGUCUGCAGCCUCAUCCUCACUGCGGAUCGUCCUGGCGGGCAAAACAGGCGGCGGGAAAAGCGCCACCGGGAACAGCAUCCUCGGCCAGCCAGUGUUUGAGUCCAGGCUGGGGGCCCAGUCGGUGACCAGGAAGUGCCAGGGGGCCAUGGGCACGUGGAACGGGAGGAGCAUCCUGGUGGUGGACACGCCCCCCAUCUUUGAGGCGAGGGCCCAGGACCAGGAGGUGUACGAGAACAUCGGGGACUGCUACCUGCUCUCGGCCCCAGGGCCUCACGUGCUGCUGCUGGUGACCCAGCUGGGCCGCUUCACAGAGCAGGACGUGGUGGCCGUGACCAGGGUGAAGGAGGUCUUCGGGGUGAGAGCCCUGAGACACAUGGUCAUCCUGUUCACCCACAAGGAGGACUUAGCGGACGGAUCCUUGCAUGACUACGUAGCCAACACAGACAACCUGAGGCUGAGGGGCCUGGUCCGGGAGUGCGGGCAGAGGUACUGCGCCUUCAACAACCGGGCGUCCGGCGACGAGCGGGGGGAGCAGCUGGCCGGGCUGAUGGCCGUGGUCGAGGGGCUGGAGAGGGAGCACCAGGGCGCCUACCUCAGCAACGACCUCUUCUUUGAUGCACAGCGGCUCCAGCAGGGCGGGGGCGACCCCCACGGAGAAGGUCACGUGCGCUACCUGGCCAAGGUGCGGUCGCAUGUUGCAAAGCAAAAGCAAGACCUGCAAGAGGCCCAGAGAAACUAUGUCUUCAAGGCGCUCCUCCGAGUCAAAAACUGGAUCAUUUCUCACAUCGGAAUAUUUGCUGUUCUUGUUAUAUGCUUUUUGAUUUUUCUUGCCAUUUUAAUUAGCUUGUGUAGUACUCACGAAUGCUGAGAAUUUUCAGAUGAUACCUGCCAUCAGCUUCCAUUUUUUCAGAGUCAGUAUCUUUGUCUAUGUUGAUAAGGAACUUUAUUUGCUUUUCAUGUAAUUUCACUUUCCAUUUCCCUUCCUUGCAUCAGACAU